AAAAUAGCCUUCCUUUUAAAUCUCACAGAUCUAUCGCCAUUGUUGCUCUUCUUCACUUCUUAGCUUCUUUCAAACUCGCGUUGAGUAGGGUAUUUUUUUAUGGGGGUUAGUGAAAUUGUUUUAAGGAUAUAAGCUCGCAUCUCUGUUUAGAAAUGGAAGCUGAGGAUGUGCUUGACCUACCAGCUUCAAGCCAUUCUGGUUUCGAAGCACAGAAAAAUGGCCUUGAAUCUGGGAAUAAGUCACCUAAGGCUAAUCCUCUUGUACGUAAUGAGGUGAACAUGAUAAGGAAUCUAGGUAUGGAGAAAGAUUUGGAUCUUGUGGAAGAGAAUUUGAGAACUGUAACACAGCAGGUUAGUGACGUUGUUGAAACGGUGGCGGUAGAUGAGAAAUUGUGUAUCCCAAAGGAGACACUAAUUCACGGCGCCACUUUGGAUGUUAGUUCUAAAUCGGGUGUUAAAAGAGCCCGAACAUCGUCUGACGAACAGCAACCUACAGUCCAUGUUACUUAUAAGAAUUUAACUAGAGCUAGUAAGAAGAAGCUGGAAAGUUUAUUACAGCAAUGGUCAGAAUGGGAGGCAGAACACACUUCACUGGCUCAGGAUCAAGAACAAUCAUUACAAUCUGGUGAGGAGACAUAUUUUCCCGCCUUACGUGUUGGAUUGCAGAAGACUUCGUCUGUGUCAUUCUGGAUCGAUAACCAAACUGGUCCUAAGCCGUUAGAAGAGUUUGUUCUAGUGGAAAGUAGCACCACUCCUCUUUAUGACCGUAAAUUUUCACUCCGUUUGAAUUCAGCAGAUGGAUCAAAUAACUUGGAAGGGGGGUUGGAGAUUCCUGAUGAUCCUCCACGUUGCUUUAAUUGUGGCGGCUAUAGCCAUUCCUUGAGAGAAUGUCCAAAGCCUUUUGAUCGAGCAGCAGUUAAUAGUGCCCGGAAGCUUCAGAAAUCCAAACGAAAUCAGAAUAGUGGAUCCCGUCUACCAUCGAGAUAUUAUCAAAAACCUCAAAGUGGAAAGUAUGAUGGCUUGAAACCCGGCACGCUUGAUGCAGAGACACGCCAGCUUCUGAAUCUUGGGGAACUAGAUCCUCCUCCGUGGCUUAACAGAAUGCGAGAGAUUGGGUACCCUCCAGGAUACUUAGCUCCAGAAGAUGAUCAUUUAUCUGGAAUUACCAUAUUUGGAGAAGAGGUGGAGACGCAGGAGGAAAUGGAGAGCGAGGACGGGGAAAUCUUGGAAAGAACAACCCCUCCAGAACCACAGAUGAAAAAGACAGUUGAGUUCCCUGGAGUUAACGCGCCAUUACCGGAAAACGCAGAUGAGUGGCUUUGGGAAGCUGCACCUUCAUAUAGGAGCGGGAGAAGCAACAGCCGGUUGCAGCAAAGAUCAAGCAGAGGACAUGAUUACAGAGACGAUGGUCUGCUCGGGGUUGAGUCAUCUAGUUAUCCUCCAAGGUAUGGUAGUAGAAAUGAUUAUGGGUAUGGCUCAAAAGAUUUUAGAUCUAGAUCAAGAAGUCCAGGCAUUGAAAGAUCGCUAACCGAAAGAAGUAAGAGGGAUUAUUCUGCUCAUGAUAUUGAUUUUCGGGACAGAGACAGAAACAGAGACAGGAACAGAGACUGGGAUAGGGAUAGGGUCAGGGAUAGAGACAGGGAUAGGGACAGAGACUGGGACAGGGACAGAGACUGGGACAGGGACAGAGACUGGGACAGGGACAGAGACUUGGACAGGGACUGGGAUAGGGACGAUCGUGAUUGGUCUUAUAGAGUAAGCAACAGAAGAUGAAUGGUGAGAUUGUAGAGGUUUUAGGGUUUCAUUUUCUACUCUCUCUUUCGAUCUUUUUUCUACCUCUAAUUGAAUCUGUUGUUGUAUCAUGUCCAUGAAAGUGGAAACUUUUUCCUAUUCAGACUUUGGAUUUUAUACGUCUAGAUUUAGUUUGGGACAAGAUAUGAUUGAGACUUGUAUGAAUGGCUUUUUUUCUUUCCUCC